AUGGAGGCCAUAGAGAAGCUCCUCGACUGGGCCACGGCCCGGGGCGUCGUCCUUGACGGCAUCGGCCCCAAGCCGCUCCCUGGGCGCGGCAUCGGCAUCGUCGCGACCCGAGAGCUCAAGCAAGGUGAAGCCGUCCUCACCGUCCCGACCGCCCUCCUCCGCUCUCUGGACAGCACCCCCAAGCCCAUCGUCCGCGCACUCAAGGGGGCCACGGUGCACGCCAUCCUCGCCGCCGCGCUUUGCCUCGAGUCGGAUCCCGACUUCGACGUCUGGCGCGCCGUCUUGCCCUCACCCGACGACGUCGAAGCCAGCAUGCCGAUAUGCUGGCCCGCAGACCUCCAGGCCCUGCUGCCCCCCGCCGCGACCUCCAUGCUCGACAAGCAGCAGGCCAAGUUCGACAAGGACUGGACGCUCGUCUCCGCCGCGUUCCCCGACGCCGCCUCCAUCGCCGGCGCGGAUCGCCUCACGCGCGACUCUUUCCUCUACGCGUGGAACCUCGUCAACAGCCGCACCUUCUACCACACCACGCCGCGCACCGAGACGCGCCUCCCCAAGGACGACCACAUGGUUCUCCAGCCCGUCGCCGACCUCUUCAACCACUCCCCGCACGGCAGCUGCGCCGUCUCCUACGACGCCGCGGGCUUCACCAUCGCGACGACCCGCGCCCACGCGCCCGGCGACGAGCUCUCCAUCCGCUACGGCGCCCACUCCAACGACUUCCUCCUCGUCGAGUACGGCUUCGCCCUGCCCCGCGACGCCAACCCCUGGGACGAGACGGGCCUCGACGCCUGCGUCUGCCCGCUGUUCGCGCCCGCCCAGCGCCGCCGCCUCGAGGACGCGGGCUUCUGGGGCGGGUACGUGCUCGACGCGCAGACGGCUUGUUACCGCACGCAGACGGCCUUGCGCAUGCUGUGCGUCACGCCUGGCCAGUGGCGCGCCGUCCUUGACGGCGUGCGCGACGAGGACGUGGAUGCCCCGGCCGUGGACCGCGAGCUGCUCCGCGUGCUGCGCAAGUAUGAAAAGGACAUUCGCGGCAAGGUUGCCGAGAUAGAGCGCUCCACUGCCGGAUCCGACGACGCAAGGCAUGUGUUGCGCGCGCGCUGGAUUCAGAUAAAGGAGCUGGUAGUCGCCGCAAUAUCACGCAUACAAGACUGA